UUGGCUCAAACAAAGUAAGAACAUUUAGUUGGAUAUUAAUAUUUUGAAAUAUUUGGUGAAAUACAAUACAAAUCCUUUGCUGGCCACCUUUUUAAUGUAAGUGAGCUACUAUUAGAUUAAUAACUCAUUUUUGUUCCGAAAACGUAAUGUUUUAUUUCCACAAAGUAAUGAUUAAAAUUUACCGAGCUUGUUUGGCAAUAUAACAAAAAAUUAAUAUCAUUCACUCAGGUUUUUUUUUUUUUUUUUUGCGUGAAAUGGGUGGAUGCUCGGCUCCUAACUGCACCAAUUCAACUAGUAUAGGGAAACAACUGUUUAGAUUCCCCAAAGAUCCUGUCAGGAAGAAGAAAUGGAUUGUAAAUUGCCGACGUGACUUUGAACCAACGCCACACUCGAGGCUGUGUCAGGACCAUUUUGAGCAGAGUCAGUUUGAAGAGUUGGCAAAGUCUCCAGCAGGAGGAAAGAAGUUGAAGCCCAAUGCCAUCCCAACUCUCUUCAGUGCUGGAGACCCUCCAUACCCUGCGGUUACUGCUCCAUUUGUUAUACUGCCCUUGAAACCUGAGCUAGUGGAGAAGGAGCUAAAUGUUGGCGACCAUGGCUAUGCUAGACGCACUCCUUUCUUCAGCCUGGAAGAGGAGGACGGAGAGAGAACGGCUCUGGAUCAACAGUCCUGCACACAAUGUCACCUCCUGAAGAAACAGCUAGAGAAAGAGAUGCAGCACACCAUGAAACUGCAAAAAGAGGCAGAGGAGAUGAAGAAGCGUCUCUACCGGCUGGAUCGGAUUGAGAAGGGACUCCAGAACUUUCUCUAUGAGGACCAGAUCCGUGCUCUGUCCCUCACCAAGCGCUCUCGCCGAGCCGUCUGGUCUCCAGAGACUAUCCUAAAAGCCAGGAAGAUCCGAAGCGCAGUCGGCACCAAAGGCUAUGAGUACCUAAGGGAGCUGGGCUACCCGUUACCUUCCUACCGGACUCUCUGUAACCGCUUAGAAACCAAAAUCAUGGUAACGACAGACAUGAGCUGUGAGGAACUGGCAGAACUGGGCUUGGGACUCAUGGCCACCUGCGAUAGCCCAACAGAAAAUGUUGGCGACCAUGAGGAGGAAGACCUUCUUGGUGUCUUGUCCUGAUCUGUGCUGUUUGAUUAACUCAUUAACCAUAUGUGAGAUCUCAUCAAGUGAGUGCUUUGUUCGCCUCAGAAGUUUUUUUUGUUCCGGCGUGUCCUUAAUUAAGAUAAGAUGCAGGAGAAUGCAGCCAACAGUUUUAUGCAAAAGGUUUGUUCAGAAACUUAAACAUGCAACAGAAUGAGCCAUAUGACCAGUAGCAGACCAAACAGUAUGUGUGUGCGUGUGCAUGUGCGUGUGCGUGUGCAUGUGCGUGUGUGUGUGUGUGUGUGUGUGUGCAACGUGGAUAAAACCAAAAGAACCCUCAAUGAACACUAAAUGUUUGUUUCAACUUUUAUCAUGUGUACAGUCCCAUGGAAUUUAGUUAAUGGGCUGCAAUAGUCCAGAAACUAUUACACAAAGCUGAAAAAAAUACAACAAAUCCUGCAAUAGUACAAGCAUGCAGCAUGUUUAUUGCACAUUUUAUAUGUACAGUUGGUAAAUGUAAUUAUAAUGCUCCUAUGCACAAGAGUAUGGCUCUAAGAUUCAUUUGCAAUUCUUAACUCUUUAGUGAAGCACCAAAAGUUAUGCCCAAGAACAAACAAAUGCACGAAACACCCAAUUUGAAGGAGUAAAAAAAAAAAAAAACGAAAUCAAAUGAUGUAAAAUGAAUGGAGAUAGUACUGAAAAUAGCAGCAUGAUGCAUAAACUAAAAAGUGCAAGAGGUGUGCGCAUAUAGUAAGCAGCAGUUAUGGUUAAAGUAAGGCUUGGCAUUCCUUAAAAGUCCAAAAUUUAAACUUAAAUAUGGAAACAUGAAAUCCAUCCAUCCAUUUUCUUUGCUGCUUAUCCUCACAAGGGUUGCGGGGCGUGCUGGAGCCUAUCCCAGCUGUCAACGGGCAGGAGGCGGGGUACACGCUGAACUGGUUGCCAGCCAAUUGCAGGGCACAUUGAGACAGACAACAUUCACACUCACAAUCACACCCAGGGUCAAUUUAGAGUGUCCAAUUAAUGUUCCAUGUUUUUUGGGAUGUGGGAGGAAACCAUAGUAUCUGGAGGAAACCUAUCCAAACACGUGGAAAACAUGCAAACCCCACACAUACACCUCAGAAUUGUGAGGCCAACACUUUCCAGCUGAGACACCACACUGCCUGGAAGCAUGAAAUGUGCCACAAAAUAAAGAUUGCUAUCAAGAUUUUAACAUAUUUUGCAUUGAAGUGUAGUUGUUGCCAGUGCCCACAAUAUAUAUCACAGAUAUGAUAACGCCAAUUGCUUCUAGAUUGUGACAAAAUAAAUUUGACACACAGACAUAAAUUGGGCUGAGCCAUCAUAAUGAAUCUUAAAAAAAAAGAUUAAUCGUCCGCUCUGUUGCAACAUAUGUAUUCUGACUCUAGUGGUGUGUGUCUUGUAGUAUUUGCAUUGAGGUAAUGCUAUCAAGCAAGUCUAGAUAACAACUACUGGUUGGAUAAAUGGGUUGCAUACUCUGCACAGUACUGUUGUAAAAAACAAAAUUAAAAAAACUUUACACAGGAUUGUCACUUUGAUCUUCUGGUUGUGAAUGACCUUGUUUUUGGCCUCUUACUUAGUUCCAAAGAUCAAAUUGUGUGAGUCUUUCAGUCACGUGGCAUUGGCCUCAACUUCCACAGUCACAGUUCCAAAUUGGAUUUGUGCAUAUAAAUGUAAAGUAUGUAGAGAUGAUG